UAAAUGAAUAGGUACUGUCCCACGAGUUCAGAGAUCAGAGGAUUCCUCCGAGCCUCCAACGCCCUGCACACUGUCCUAAGACAGAGGUCGCAUCCACAAACCAGCCAGCAGCCCGCUGACCAACCACAAACCAGCCAGCAGCCUGCUGACCAACCACGAACCAGCCAGCAGCCCGCUGACCAAUCACAAACCAGCCAACGGCCCGCUGACCAGCCACAAACCAGCCACAAACCAGCCAACGGCCCGCUGACCAACCACAAACCAGGCAGACCCUCUUCAGUCUCCAGCUGCAGUCAUGGUGUCUCCUGGUCUGCUGUUCCUGCUGUUGGUGUCGUCCUCCCUCUUCCUGUCCACCUUGUCUGCAGGGAACAAUGUUGAGAAGAUCAAAUCCAAAUCCCAGAUGACUUUGAACACCAUCAGCAAGAUCAAAGACAUGGGUGUUCCUUUUCUGGAGUUGAUUCCAGUUUGCGGAUCACAGCUUGCUUUGGUUACAAAUUUAGUAUUGGGGAUAAUAGUUGGUGGUCAAAAUGAAGUGAUAGAUGUUCUCAAGGAUGAAUUUAAAAAACUUAAUUUUAAGAUAGAUAAAAAUCAGGAAGAGAUGAAAUGGGAGAUCUGGUCAGCUACUUACUCCAGCAUAGAGUCAAAAAUCAACAUAGCCUGGGGUAGUUAUGAUAAUUUACUGAAAAGUAUAAAAGGUAAAUCUGUGGAGGAGAGUAAAAGAUUAACAAAUGAAUUUAUUAAAUCAUACCCACACACUGCCACACAGGAGUUACACCAGUACCUGACAACUACAGGAACAUCCCUCAUGAAGAACCUUGCAGAGGUGUUGGGUACAAAAAUUAAAUGUGAUGAAGUUCAAAUCAAAGCAUAUACCAUGUUGAUUGAUUUGCUUGUAUACAAGGGGAUCACAAUGAAUCAUUUCAUCUACAAAUACAAAGAUACAGAGACUGAAGAAAAGUUUGAAUUAUCAGCUAAGAUGGCGUACGAGUCUGCAGCGUUUAUGUUCAAUAUCCAUAAGUCCUGCCUCUUGAACAGUGAUUAUAUUAAAGAAGAUGUGAAGGAGUUCAUUAAAGAUACCAACAGGCGUACACAUAUGGCACACGAAGUCAGGUCUUUCUUGGCCAAAAAGUAUGAGAGGUAUGACUGGAUGGUUGUAGCAUACAAAACCGGACACUCUGAUAGGCAUUUUAAAGUAUUCAACCAGCACACCUUGUAUAAAUUUGAGUUUGUGGUACCAUCAAGUGAUGUCAGUGUGGCCUUAGCCAGACAGGCAAAGGGGACUCACACACAUCCAGACAAAGUUAAAAGAGCCAUUACAAAGUGCCUCUACAACAAGGUUGAUUGUCAUGACGUUGCAGAAAAACUUGAAAACUGUAAGGAAUACGUGGAAGGAAUUAAAAGAGAUGGUGAAAACAUUCCAGUGACAGACGCUUUCACAGCAGUACAUGCUUAUAUAGGCAAACCUCAUGCCGCCAUCGAUGCAAAAGAAGCACCAGAUGAAUACAUUAAACUUGAUGACAUUACAGUGCCUUAUAUUUAUACAGGAAUUUGUAAGAAAUAUAAAAUGUUAACUGGCAAGUUUGUGGUUCUGUUUAAAAGUGAUGAAGAGAUCCUGAAAAAAGAUCCCUGCCUCGGGCUAAACUGUGGUGGUGCCCAAAGAGGCACAUGUGUUCGAGUUACAGACUCCUUUGUAGCAAUGUGUGAGUGCAAUAAGCCGUAUUAUGGGGAGAACUGUGAAGAGAGCCAAGAGGAUUACAAGACAAAGCUUAAAGAAACUAUAGAAGCUUAACUAGCUCUGAUGCAGCUGAGGGUCAGUACAUUUCAUGAAAUGAGUUUGAUCUUAAACAUUUUGUUUGACAUGUUACCUGAUAUUCACACUGAAUGUGUCUUUAGUUUCCCCCUUGUUACUCUUAAACUGUCUCCUUGUUGGCAGUUUUCUACAGAGAAGUCCUCAAAGAUAUGUUUUAAAGUCUGUGUAAAGUCAGAAUAAAUAUGAGUUCUGAGUUUGUCAGAGAAGAAAAUGUUAUUAACUAUCCAGCCAAAUUUGAAUGAUUAAAAAUAUCAACAAGUUUAUGAAAUUAGGACCGCCCACAAAAUCCUGACAAACUGUUGACGCCACAUUUAACUAAUAUAUCGUUCAAAGUCUUUUCACAUGUUUUCAGAAACUAUUUUACAACUUAUUUAAUGUGUUAAAAAGAAAUCUUACACAGUCUUUAAUCUUUAAUCUUUUUUAUAAAAUCAGUCCCAAUACUGCACACACAAUCAGCAUCUUGGGUCCAUAUCUUGUACGAGCCUGUUCAUAAAUAAUUAAAAUUAAAGAUAAAAAGGAUUUCAGAGGCUCUGUACUUUCCUGCAGGAGGACGAUUAAUCUGUUUUUACACCUUACAAUGACUGACUUCAGAGUUUAGUCAUUUGGUCCAUUCGAGGACAAUUUGUUGCUUAAAUAAGCGUUAAAAUAUUCAGACCUGAGACGAUGUCCAUGACACAUGAUGCAGUUUGUCAAAGAUCACAUAGUUGUGUCAGAAACUUCAAACCACAAAUGAUUCCUGUGUAACAAACAAGUCAAAGAGUUCAUUUCAUGACAUUUACAGACUUUUCCCAGAGCUAUCUUGGUGUUGGUGUUUCUGACUGCAGCAACUGAGAAUGUCAGUACUUCAGAAUAACAUCGUUCAAUGUUUCUCUCAUAUACAAGUGUGAGUCUGAACCUCAGCACUUUGUCUUUAUCUGCUGGGACUAUUUACACAUUCAUUACAUGGAAGGUACUGCAUCAGUCGCUAGGCAGAGCUGAGCUGUAACGCACAUUGCUAAGUGAAGAGAGCCUCUGUCCACAGACAGGAGGGAUUACAUUUCAUUCAUGAAGUCAAAUGACAAACUUGAUCUGAUGGUUUCUGUGGAACAUUUCAGCUGACGAAGUGAAACAAUGAAUCACAGUAGAUGGUGUGCAGAACUUUGUGGAUAAAACAAGUGAAAAUGUAGAAAUGACGUCGACAUUUGAAAUGAUUCAAAAGUCUUCUGUGUGACCUGUGCUGAUGUCAUCAUCACCUCCUGUCUGUCAGUGAGAUCUGAUUGGACAAAGUUUAAACCAAUGAGAUGCUUUUCCUGCUUCAAGCUUCUGUCCUGAUUUUGCAAAUUGCUAAAAUGAAUAAAAAUUCAAAUCAACUGUCGUCGCUGUGUCUUUAUUUUCCCCAUGAUCCUAAAGUCUCUAUGAAACAGGAAGUAGAGUUCUGUUUACUUCCUCAUUUUCACGUGUUUUCUUAAAAACACUCAGAAAUUGUAAUUAAAAUACAAAAUUUUUCCUGAUCAUUUGAAUCACAUAGUUUUAAUAUAAAUGAACUAAUAAACUUAUUAUCUUAGUACUAAUAAACUCAAUGUGUAGGCAGGCGGCAGGUUUAUGCAGUCAAUAUCAAUUAGUACUAUUACAUAAAUAUGAUAACACAUUAAGUCUGUUAGCUAAGCUAUGUUAAAGCUAUGUGUCCAUCAUAAAGUGUGGAAAACACAGAGAGUUAAAGCAGCAAAUAUAUUGUGCAUGUGGAAGGACGGUAACAGGAAGUCCAGCCCUAAGAGCAGGCACAUGGGGUGGAGUCUAUAAAAAGGGCGGGAAGCUCACCUGGGCCUUUCUUCCUGCAUCAGACACACCUGGGAGAGCAGCUUUUGUUUGGAGGUGAUUAUUGUAGGCUCCAUUUUUAAGUGUUUGAAAGCGUGAUUUGAAUAUUAGAAGAAAUUAGAGAACCAUGAACUAAUUAUUAAGCUCAUUACUUGUUGUAUAAACUGUUUUAGUUGUAGACUUUCCAUGUUGUGGAGGGACUCUAUCUGGAAUGACUGUUUAAAUACAUCAGCUAACAAACAGGUUUGGUAUUUUAAAAUGGAUUUUAGUCCCUUAUUUACAAAGUGAACAUGGUUAUCUAUGAAGGUAGACUCCAGUCACCUGCAUGUCUCCAACUGGGAGAACACAAGGAAGAAGGUUGUUCGGAGUGAUGAGAACAAAAUGUAACUUUAUGGUGACAACAACAAAAGAUUUGUUUGGGGAGGAGUCAGCAAAGCCUAUGAUGAAAAGUAGGAGGUGAUCUCUGACCCUCACUGUGAAGCAUGGAGGUGAUCUCUGACCUUCACUGUGAAGCAUGGAGGUGAUCUCUGACCGUCACUGUGAAGCAUGGAGGUGAUCUCUGACCUUCACUGUGAAGCAUGGAGGUGGAUCUAUGAUGUUUUUUUUGGGGGGGGGGCUGCAGCAGCACAGGACAUUUAGUUCAAACUGUUGGAAAGAUGAAUGCAGCAUGUUUUCAGAAAAUAUUGAGCUCAGUUUGAAUUCAUCAGCCUGAAAGCUGCACAUGGGACAAUGAUCCUAAACACAAGGCCAAGUCAACCCUGCAGUGGCUCCAGCAG